GUAAUUCAUGAAAACGCAGCGGAUUCCGUCUAAAAGCAAAAUUUGAGUGGUCUCUCUUUCUCUGCCCCCUUCUCUCCCGUCGUUGUUAAUGGCGGCCAAAGAAGAAGAAGUGGCGGCAGAAUUGGAGGCCGUGCAAGCCGUGUACGGCGACGAUUGUGUUGUUCUUGAUUCUUAUCCUCCCCAUCUCCACCUCCACAUUAACCCUCGCACCGCCGAUGUCACUUCCCAACAGUUUGUUGAAGCUGUUAUCAGUAUACGAGCUGGUUCGAAGUAUCCCAACGAAUCACCUCAGAUUAAUCUUAUAGAGUCAAAGGGUCUUGAUGAAGAAAGGCAAAAGUUUUUAGUGACUUACAUCCGAGACAAAGGGAGUGAACUAUAUUCUUGUUUAAUGCUCGUGGCUCUUUGUGAGGAAGCUGUGGAGAGACUCUCUUUAAUGAAUCACCCGGAUGGUGAUUGUCCAUUGUGUUUGUAUUCUUUAGUCUCAGAAGAUGACCAGAACAAGAAUUUGCCGUUUAUGAAGUUGAUGUCCUGUUUUCAUUGCUUCCAUUGUGAGUGUAUUAGUAGGUGGUGGAAUUGGCUUCAAACAGAAAAGAAAACAAAUCCUAGUGGUUCGUCAAGUUCAACUAUGCAUCCUGCUAGAGACAAUGACUUUAAAGAAGAUGUAGAAGAGAAUAUGGGAAACUGCCCAGUUUGUCGAAAGGUUUUCCAUACAAAGGACUUCGAGCAUGUGCUUGACUUGGUUGGCUCUCUUCCCUCCCAAUUGAGUUCCGAUGCAAAUGAAGUUGAAGAGAGCAAGAACCUCGUUUAUUCUGAUUCUGAGAAUAUUAGAAGACAGAGAUUUGAGGCCACGUUGAAAUUACAGCAAGAAAUCAGAGGUCUAAUCGAACCUAGAAGAGAUGUUCGCAUUUCACCCGGCAUGUAUCUUCCGCAGCCAACCACGACACCCGCCGAUGUAGAAACCAAAGAAUCCAAUGAGCAGCAACAGAGAGACCUCCCGUCGGCCUCUGAAAUGCAUGCUAGUUCCUCUCAGAGACGUAACACUAGCGAGCACAGGAAUCCUGGCCUGUGGAGGAAGAAGAGAAUGCAUAAUCCGAGAAAACCAGUUAAACAGUGGAUCCGCAAAGAAAAUAUGUCAGCAGAAUGAGCAUUUUAAUUGCGGUUAUUUUGGGAGUUUUUCUAAUCCUUCUCCCAUCAGUAAUUUAUAUCAUAAUAUGUUAGUCAAGGAUGGUAUAUGAACAAAAUGCAUAGAAAUGUCCAAAAAGGAAUAAUAAAACAAAAAGGAAAAAAAAAAAAAAGCCAAAGAAAAAACUCAUCGAUCCAUUUAAAUUCUACAUUUCUUGCUGUAGCUUGUAUAGAGGCAAGCAAAGCUGGCUUCCGUAUCCUGCGUUUUUCCUACCAAAUUUUCAGGUGCGGAAUUCAAUAAAUUUGGGAUCAUGAUGUUGUUUAGCAAAUAUUUCAAUAUUACAAAGUGCACAUUUUGCUCUUUGUUAAAUAAAUACGUAGAGCUGUUUAACUUUAAUUUUUAUGAGAAAAAAUAUUAUAACAAAAAAAGUUUGAACAGUUUGAAGUUAUGCAACAAAUGGUAG